AUGGAUACGGAGAGCUCGCAUGGACAAGACAGUGAUUUUGCACAAUCACCGUGGAUGGACAUGGGCGGGUUCACUCCCUCCCAACACUCACCGCCACUGGAUUAUCAUGGGUUUGGAUAUGGUGUGAUGCCCUUGGAUUCGGCCUACGACGUGUCGAUACCACCCCCGUAUGCAUCUCUGCCAUUGACGCUGCCUUCCAGCACAUGGCCCAGCAUGCUCACACCCGGGCAAUAUCCGGAGGCAGGUCUGCCUCCGGUCCCGAUACAACCUUCCGUGGCGCCGGUUGCACCCAUCCCGCCGCCACGCAAAUCGUCCACCAGCAGCUCGACGCCCCGAAGGACGCUUACUGAUGAUGACCGUCGACGCAUGUGCCUCUACCAUGAGGAGAACAAGACGGCCAAGCAGACUGAUAUUGGAGCGCUCUUCGGUGUGGAAAGAAGUACUGUUUCGAAAGUGCUCCGCCAGAAAGAAAAAUACCUGAGCACAGAAGACGGGAGUCGGUCUCCCAUUAAGCGAGCUAAAGGGAGAGUCCCUGACAUCGAAAAGGCCCUGUCCAACUGGGUGAGGAAUUACCAGCGGCAUGGUUAUUCACUCAGCGAUGAAAUGAUCAGGGAGAAGGCACUUUUCUUCGCCAGCACCUGUGGCAGCAACGAUGGAAAGGAAAAGGUCCUGACCACCAGCUGGCUCGAGAAAUUCAAGCAUAAGAAUAAUUUGCUCGGUGCGAAGUCUCGCAAGAGCUCUUUCAGCACCACCAAGAGCGACUCGGACAGCCCUACUGGUCUAAGCAUCAAUUCUGCUUUGGCAUCAGCUAUCCAGUCUCCCACUUUACUAUCCCCUACAUCCCCCGGAUUCGCUACUCCGUCGCCGUUAUCGCCGACUCAAAGCCAAGACAACAUCAAAGCCGAGACUCUGGCCGAGCUCAUAAGCGACUAUCAACAGCACAUACAAAAGAGCACCACGCCACUCGAUACCACGGUGACCAGCCCAACCUCAACUUUGGUGUCGGAGAGUCCUUUCACUCCCACAAGUCAAUCCCGCAAUCCCUCUGCGGACAGCUUUCCUAGUAGGCCGCGAAGCCAAACGUGUCCUCUUAGUACUGUCGAUCCUGGCUCUAUGAUUCCGGACCAGUCUUCCGACCAGGUCUCUCCUAGGACUUGCCUGCAGCCACCAUUUCCAGGAACCUUGCAGGAAUCACCCAUGGAGGACCGUGACCCUAAAAAACUUCCUGGUCUCGACACUUCGGCCAACAUGAUCAAACGAAACCGCAGCAACCCCGAGAUCCGGGCAAAGACCAUCUACCCACCAUUGUUUUCAAAGUCAACCACCGUUUCUCCUGUCAGUUCUCCAGGCUCUCCAACCCAAGAUGAGGCCCGGAAGGCACUGGAGCUGGUGAUGAAUUAUUUCGAGGCCCAACCUACUGGUCUAGGAGCACAGGAAUACGUGACCAUUGGAAAGUUGAUGGAACGGCUCGAAUUGGCCAAAGGCCAGCAGACUACUCUUCCGGGAGGCCUCACCCGCAUUGAUGAGCACGAAGACGCUCCUCACGUUGCCAGAAAAAGGAGCAUCCGCAGUUUGGGUUAG